ACUGGCAAGCGCUACUGAGUAAUAUCCAGUAACACAGCGACUACUGAGUACUAAAGAAAGAAAAGAUAAUGUUUUGAACUCACACAAUUGCGAAUCUCAAUUCUAAGGAAACUGACUCUCUAUUAAGAUUCGAGUGUGUGAUGUUUCCACAAAUCUGCUGCACUCGACUAAUGGGCGAUUUCCUCAUUUUCAUUGAGAAGAAAUCAACAAGUCGGCUCUCACAUUAUUCAGGGCAGUAGGAAAAUGAGUUGCGUGACUUGCGGCCGGUAAACGUGUCGCCUGUUCGCCUAUAACGGCGCGUUGAUUCGAAAUUUUCCGCAGAAAAGGGAACGUGGGGUGGUGAAUUGGGGAAACCGCCAACAAGAUUUCUCGAAUGUUUACUUACAGCAAACUCUUUGACGCCACCGUCCGGUCGGGUUGUUACUGCUGGCGAACAUGCGAAACUUGUGAGAGAGUUGCUGGAAGAUUUUCCUCGAAUUUUGGACGUUCGAUCAUGAGGUUCAGGUGAACGGAAGUGCCCCUGGUGAUUUUCUUUUAAGUUGAGGGUUUGAAAAUGAGUCAGCAGAGUGGCGGUGCUGGUGGUAAGAAAGGAGGAGGAAAGGGGACGCCGAUGAAGAAGAAUGAAGAGAAGGAUAAGGAGCCAGUUAAAAAUGGAAAAGAUCCAAUCAAGGAGGAAGAAGAGAAGAAAGAAACUUUACCUACUGAAACCGAAGAGACUACCACUGAAACCGAGGAGGUACAUACAACCCCUUCAAAACCGCAAAGCGCCGGAGCUAACGUGAGGGAUGCUGCGAAUAGGAUACUUAUGCUCUGCCAGAAAGGAGAAUGGGCACCGGUAGACCAAAUAUUGAAGUCAAUAGAGAGGAGUGUUGCAGGCGCCGGAGAAGAUGUACAUGUGGCCCCAUUAGCUGGGGUUCUGGAUACGACGAAUGGAAUGACUCCGCUCAUGUAUGCAGUUAAAGAUAAUAGGACUUCUUUAGUAGAAAGAAUGCUUGAGCUGGGAUCUGAUGUAACUGCCAGAAAUAAUGAGAACUUCAACGUCUUACAUUUGGCGGCCAUGCAUUCAAGAGAGGAUAUUGUCAAACUCCUUCUGGGUAAAAAAGGAUGCGAUCCAUAUUCUACAGGUGGGACGAAAAACCAAACUGCAGUCCAUAUGGUGGCCUCGAGACAAACGGGGACAGCUACUGCAUUAUUGAGGGUUUUGCUCAACGCUGCUGGAAAAGAAAUUCGUUUGAAACCUGACGGGAAAGGUAAGAUACCUCUUCAUCUAGCAGUGGCAGCAGGAAACCAAUCGAUGGUGAGAGAACUGCUUCAUGUCAUGCCUCUGGAACAACUCAAAGCUGUUUCGCUAAGUGGGGAUGCUGCUCUACAUAUUGCUGUGCGAAAAAAAGAUAUAGACAUGGUUAGAAUUUUGGUAGAUUAUGGGACACCUGUAGAUAUUCAGAAUAUAGAGGGACAAACACCUCUUCAUAUAGCAGCAGCAGAAGGUGAUGAGAUCCUUGUAAAGUAUUUUUAUGGUGUCCGCGCCUCUGCUCACAUAUCAGACAAUCAGGACCGGACUCCUAUGCAUCUUGCAGCGGAGAAUGGUCAUGCGAAUAUAAUAGAGCUACUCUGUGAUAAGUUCAAAGCAAGUAUAUUGGAGAGAACCAAAGAUGGAUCAACUUUGAUGCACAUUGCUUCUCUCAAUGGACAUGCUGAUUGUGCUAUGAUGCUUUUCAAAAAAGGAGUCUACGUACAUAUGCCGAACAAGGAUGGAGCAAGAAGUAUUCACACGGCUGCAAGAUAUGGUCAUGUUGGUAUCAUUAACACCCUCUUGCAGAGAGGAGAAAAAGUAGACGUAACAACGAACGAAAAUUUUACUGCUCUUCAUAUUGCAGUGGAGUCAUGCAAGCCUAUCGUAGUGGAAACCCUUUUGGGAUAUGGGGCAGAUGUUCAUAUACGAGGAGGAAAGCUGAAAGAAACAGCACUCCACAUCGCAGCCAGAGUGAAGGACGGUGAACGAUGUGCCUUAAUGUUACUCAAAUCAGGAGCUGGUCCCAAUUUGCUCGAUGAUGACGGUCAGACUCCGGUGCAUAUAGCAGCAAAAUACGGUAACCUACAAACCCUUCUCCUACUUCUCGAAGACGGUGGAGAUCCAGAAUUCAAGAAUAAGCAUGGAGAAACACCUCUCCACCUUGCGUCAAAAGCAUGUCAACCUGAGGUCGUAAAGCAGUUGAUAAAAUAUGUGAAAGAUAAGAAGGGCGAAGAUAAGGCCACUCACUACGUCAAUGCUACAAACGAGAACGAUGAGGCUGCCCUACACUGUGUUUGUUCAGUAUCUAGUGAAAAAGUCCCAACUCCAAAUGCGGAUAAAGAGGUAGUCAAACUUUUACUUGAAAACGGAGCAGACGUCAAACUUCAAACCAAGCAACAUGAUUCUGCAUUCCAUUACGUUGCCACAGUUGGGAAUAACACCGUCCUUAUGGAGAUGAUAUCUCACAUGGAUCCGCAGGACGCCCAGAAAGCUUUGAAUAGACAGAACUCCAAUGGAUGGACACCUCUUAUGAUAGCGUCUAACAAGGGACACACUAAGAUGGUCAAUAAUUUACUCACAAACUCCGCAAGAGUUGAUGUUUUUGAUAGUGACGGAAGAUCAGCUCUUCAUCUUGCGGCAGAGCAUGGCUAUCUUCAAGUUUGUGGGUCUCUCCUAGACCACAAAGCAUUCAUAAAUUCGAAAUCAAGAAACGGACAAACCGCUUUGCAUUUAGCUGCGAAAUACGGCUUCAUCAACCUUGUUCGUUUUCUGAUAAAAGAACAUAAUGCUGUUGUUGACAUAUUGACGCUGAAGAAGCAAACACCCCUUCACUUAGCUGCGGCAGCAGGGCAGAUUGAAGUGUGUAAAUUGUUGUUAGAACUGGGAGCUGACAUCGAUGCCACAGAUGAACAAGGACAAAAACCUAUCCAUGCAGCUUGUAGUAAUAAUCACUCUGAGGUGGCAAAGUUAUUCCUUCAGGAACAUCCUAGUUUGGUGAUGGCGAUGACAAAGGAUGGAAACACGUGUGCUCAUAUCGCAGCUUCUCAAGGAAGCGUUACGGUGAUAGAGGAACUCAUGAAGUUCGACAAACAAGGUGUUAUCAAUUCGAGGAACAAGAUGACUGACGCCACACCCUUACAGAUUGCCGCAGAAGGGGGACAUGCUGAAGUAGUGAAAGCUUUGGUCAGAGCUGGUGCUAACAUUACAGAUGAAAAUAAGGCAGGAUUCACCGCUGUUCAUCUAGCAGCUCAAAAUGGCCAUAUGAGUGUUCUAGAGGUGUUCAGACCUUCGAACACUCUCCGAAUAGUGAGCAAGAAACUGGGCGUGACACCUUUGCACGUUGCUGCAUAUUAUGGUCAAGCGGAUACUGUGAGAGAAUUGUUGUCCCACAGCCCUGGAACUGUGAAAUCAGAACCUCCAAGUGGAGCUUCAUUAGUACCAAUUCUUGGAAAUGAAUCUGGGAUGACACCAUUACAUUUUGCCUCUUUUUCUGGGAAUGAGAACGUUGUUAGACUUUUGCUCAACUCCGCAGGGGUUCAAGUAGAAGCUGCCACACAAGAAAAUGGAUACAACCCAAUGCAUUUAGCUUGUUUUGGAGGGCAUGUUACUGUGGUUGGACUUCUUUUAAGUAGACAAGCAGAUUUGCUACAAAGUCAGGAUAAGCAUGGAAAAACUGGUUUACAUAUCGCUGCCACUCAAGGGCAUUAUCAAAUGGUCGAAGUGUUGCUUGGUCAGGGUGCUGAAAUAAACGCACCAGAUAAAAACGGAUGGACUCCACUUCAUUGCGCUUCCAAAGCUGGUUGUUUCGAUGUAGUCAAACUGCUCACAGAGUCUGGAGCAUCUCCAAAAUCCGAAACUCAUCUAGGGGCGGUUCCAAUCUGGUUUGCCGCUUCGGAAGGACAUCACGAUGUUCUAGAAUAUCUAAUGACGAAAGAACACGAUACCUAUGAUCUUAUGGAAGAUAGAAGAUUUGUGUAUAAUCUUAUGGUUUGCUCGAAGAAUCACGACAACAAACCUUUAGAAGAAUUUGUUUUGGUGUCACCAGCACCAGUUGAUACGGCGGCCAAACUGUCGAAUAUUUUGAUUGUGUUGUCAAACAAAGAGAAAGAGAGAGCUAAAGACCUAAUUGCUGCCGGGAAAUAUUGUGAGUAUAUGGCCACGGAAUUGCUAGCACUUGCUGCAGGGGCAGACUCAGCUGGAAAGAUUUUGACGUCUGUAGAUAGAAGGAGUGUAGAAUUUCUGGAUGUACUGAUUGAAAAUGAGCAAAAAGAAGUGAUAGCACAUACUGUAGUCCAAAGGUACUUGCAGGAACUCUGGAAAGGAGGCCAUAAUUGGGCGGCAUGGAGGACUCUCCUACUGUUUCUUCUCUUCAUAAUCUGCCCACCUGUAUGGAUUGCUUUCACUCUACCCUUAGGUCAUAAGUACUACAAAGUUCCAAUAAUAAAAUUCAUGUCCUAUUUAACGUCCCAUGUAUAUCUUCUAGUAUUUUUACUUCUCGUAGCUAUAAUACCCCCCUAUCCUAUCGUGAGGAAUAAUUUGCUACCGUACUGGUACGAAUGGAUACUCCUCAUUUGGCUCAGUGGCCUUCUUCUAUUCGAAUUGACCAACCCAAGCGAUAAAUCUGGUUUGGGCUGGAUAAAAUUAUCUGUGUUACUCUUGAGUAUUUUCGCGGUGGCUGUACAUCUUUUCGGGAUACUUUUUGUUCAGAAGGCCCAUUGGCCUACCCUUAUGUACUGUAGAAACCAACUAUUCGCACUGUCUUUCGUCGCUGCUUGCGUUCAAAUUCUGGACUUCCUUUCCUUCCAUCACCUCUUCGGCCCUUGGGCUAUAAUCAUAGGAAACUUGAUGAAGGACUUGGCCAGGUUCUUGGCGGUGCUGGCAAUUUUUGUCUUUGGUUUUUCGAUGCAGUUCGUGGCCUUGAAUCAGAAGUUCCAAGAGAAGCUAACAGAAGAAGAAAUCGUGAGACUGAGUAGGAAGAAGAAGAUUCAUUAUUUCGAUGAAGUGGUAAUGAGUCCUCUUCUGGCCUUCGAAAGAUUAUUUUUCGCCGUAUUCGGACAGACAACGUGGGAAGACGUGAUCGUGAGAUCGAGAACUUCCCCACCUCGACCAGAAUGGACAGAAAAUCUAUUCAAAAUUGUGUUUGGGAUUUAUAUGUUGGUGUCAGUUGUCGUCUUGAUCAAUCUUCUCAUUGCUAUGAUGUCCGAUACGUAUCAGCGAAUUCAGGCACAAUCCGAUAUUGAAUGGAAAUUUGGAUUGAGUAAGUUGAUUAGAUCAAUGCAUAGGACCACAACUGCUCCAAGUCCAAUAAACCUGAUAACAACUUGGUUAUUCUACUUAGUGGAUAUGUGCAAAGCGAAAAUCAAAAAGAAGAAGAAACAAACUAUGGUCCAUUUGGUUCAAAGUUUCAAGCGCCCAGAACCAAAACUGAGUCCAAGAUCUAAAGCUGGUCAGAAAUGGCUGUCCAAAAUCAAUAAGGCCCAGGUAGCUCCUAAGAGAUCUCUGACAGUAUCAGUUGGUAGGGCUAGUAUCGGAUCCCAGUUGAGCUUCAGUUUAACAACCACAAGGAUUGAGAAUGUUGUUGAUUGGGAAGUUAUCGCAAAGAGGUACAGGGCACUGAUUGGGCACAUGGAUGAGGUGAAAGAUACUACCACUGAGAACGAAGAAGAAAAUGAAGACGAGGACAAUGUUCAAUACGAAAACCAAGCCGGCUAGAUCAUAAUAUUAGUACGUACCCUUUCUUCAAUACCAAACUUCCAUUUUUCACAUGUUAGGUUCCACUGUUAUUCUACGGAUAUUGAAGUAUUAUCUGAAAAUAAAUAUUCUUAUACCA